UGAGCUUUCUUUGGGGAAUACGUGCAUCGAGAUUUAGAUCUGCAUGUAAAAUCUCUACAAAGUAUCUGCCACUACAGGUCUGAGUCUCACCCCCAACUCCGUUUUUAUUUUUAUUUUUUCCUCUCUCUGUUUUUUCUGCUGUGUCGGAAAGACCAAGACAGAACUAUCUCUGUUUCUGGCUUCACUGCCAGUAAAGGAGUUUUCAUUCAGACUUUCCGAAGAGAGGUGGAGAAACCUAAAGACUCAGGAGAGGAGGUCCUUUGAGCCAAAUGGAGCAUUAGUUAUUCUGCUUUUCUCAGCAUGGAUAAACCCUUUUCUCAAGGAUUUUCUGAUGUGCCCUGAGGUCCAUGUAACUACAAGGGCUCCUCUUUAUCACCAUAAGUGCCACUCUGACCCAAAACCACUCAGAGCUCAAAAAUCAAGGCAAAAUGGAUGCCACAGUGAUAGAUGAUUUCCAACAAAUUCUGCCUAUUGAACAGCUGCGCUCUACUCAUGCUAGCAAUGAUUAUGUGGAACGGCCUCCAGCCCCCUGUAAACAGGCCCUCUCUAGUCCUUCCCUUAUUGUGCAAACCCACAAAUCUGAUUGGUCCCUGGCUACCAUGCCUACUGCUCUACCCCGCAGUCUCAGCCAGUGCCAUCAAUUGCAGCCCUUGCCUCAACAUCUGAGCCAAUCUAGCAUUGCCAGCUCAAUGUCCCAUAGCACCACUGCCUCUGAUCAAAGGCUCUUGGCCAGCAUUACGCCCUCACCUUCAGGCCAGUCCAUCAUCCGAACCCAGCCUGGAGCAGGGGCCUACCCAAAGGCUGAUGGUGCUCUGAAGGGAGGAGCUGAGCAAUCUGUAGGGCAUCCUAGUGAGCACCUCUUCAUCUGCGAGGAGUGUGGGCGCUGCAAGUGUGUCCCCUGCACAGCCGCUCGCCCUCUCCCCUCCUGCUGGCUGUGCAACCAGCGUUGCCUUUGCUCUGCUGAGAGCCUCCUCGAUUAUGGCACUUGCCUCUGCUGUGUCAAGGGCCUCUUCUACCACUGCUCCACUGAUGAUGAAGACAACUGCGCUGAUGAACCCUGCUCCUGUGGGCCUAGCUCUUGCUUCGUCCGCUGGGCAGCCAUGAGCCUCAUCUCCCUCUUCCUACCCUGCCUGUGCUGCUACCUGCCUACCCGUGGAUGCCUCCAUCUGUGCCAGCAGGGCUAUGAUAGUCUCCGGAGACCAGGCUGCCGCUGUAAGAGGCACACCAACACUGUGUGCAGAAAAAUCUCUUCUGGUAGUGCACCCUUCCCCAAGGCCCAGGAAAAGUCUGUAUGACCUUCCCACAAGAUGGAUCCAGAGCUUUCUCCUUCUAGCCCCCAUCAGUAAAGUAUAGGCCUCAUCAUUGGAGAGGAGAAGGAGUAAUAAACUAGCCAAAGUUAGGGCUUCACCUCUUUUGUUCCUGCAGCAUCAGGGGAAUGGCAAAGUACAUCCUGGUGCAGGAUGCCUUGUUCUUUUCACAGUAUCAGUCUCACUGCUCUUCAACCUUUUUACACCCUGCCAACUCAGCCCUUAUGGCUGUCAUGGCAAAUUCAGGUGAUUCAUGGGCAUGAGGUUUGGACCACUGAGGACUGACAGAGCCAGCAACGUGGAGGUUUAGGGGCUCCCCAAUGUAAUGCCUCUCGGUGCAGGCUCUGAUUGUCACUCUGCUUUCCACAGUGCCUUUGGAAGCUUUCUUCUAAGAUGGUUUUCACAAGUACAUGUGGAACAGCGUUCAACCUUCCAGGGAAUAUGACCCCAUCUCCCUAUUUACUUCCCUUCUCUUCUCUAUUCCCUCUCUCUUUCUCCCUGUCUCCUCUUUCUGCAGUAUCCCUUUUCCUUUCCCCUUCAUUCUCAGCCUCUUUACUUUUACCUUUCCUCCUUUCUUCUUUCCUUUUUCCUCCUCUUUUCCCUCUUUCAAUCAAAUCCUUUCUUUGCCUAUAUUUUUACCAUAUUUAAUCUAUAUUUAUCUCUCUCUACCUGUCCUCCUUUCUCUUUCUAACAUGUCCAAAAGUGCUGUUUUUCCAUAGGUGUUUCCUUAGACGCCAAACUUUGCUAUGCUAUACUAUUUACUAAUUUUUAUUAAGGGAAAUGGAUUACUGUAAUGAACUGAUCACUAGCAAUAGUCUGUAUCCCAAUGUGUGUGCACUCACAACCACACUCAUCUGUUUGUGAGCAUAUUAGGUUAUCUUACAUUUCCAGAUUUAAUUAGUUGGAGUUUUUCUCCCUUUCCCAAUAAUCAACUUAUAGUACUGACAGAUACCAUUAGCAUGCUGAGUAGGAUAGUAAAUCAGGAUGCUCAUAACUUUGUAUGUCUGACCCAAGUGCCAAAGGCAGACGUGCUUUAUAGCUAAAUGAACAAAGCAAAGGAUAUUAUGGAGGUAUGUUCUCUCUUAGAAGCUAACUGCCCUGAGACUGCAUGGCUCAGGCCUUAAUAAUGGACAUAAAAAAGUCAUAAAACUUUAGAGCUGGAAGGAAUCUUAACUGUUAAUAUAGUUCAAUGCCCUUAUUUUACAGAUGGGAAAACUGAGGCCUGGAAAUAGGAAGGGACUUGCCCAAGGCCACACACUGAAUUGAUAGCCGAAUUAGGACUGGAAUACAGGCCUUCUGACUUCUAGUUCAAUAUUUUCUCCCCUGCACCACAAGUGAGUCAUGGGACUUUUUCCUAGGACUCUGUUAACAAUGACAGAAAGCCAUUCCCUUCCAAUUACUUUUCAGGGACCAUGCCAAGUUAGUAUGGUGGUCUUUCUGCAGUGCAUGGUGAGUAGCUAAUUAGCUAUCAAGUGUUGAGGCUUCCCCCAGUGGACAUCACCUUUGCCUCUGUCACCUUGUAGAAGCUCAAGUGUGGAAAAGAAAAAGCUUAAAGAAGCCCUAACCAAGCUGUAUCUUCGCCAUUGCAUCUACUCUUUGCUGUACACACUGUGCUCGCUCCUGGCUUUGUCUGCAAUGGCAGCUGUCUGAGAACCUAGAUUUCAGCAACCGAAAAACUGAGAUGAAAGAUGUAUAAUGCAGAGAAGUGACUUCUCUCUUAAAAAAAUACAGAGAGCCUGUGCUGUGAACCCCUUUCAAUGGGAAAAGGCUGCAGUGAUGAUGGCAGGCUCCUAAAGACUACUGCUAAAAGACACAAGAAUUAUAUAGUUUCCCUCUGUAAGUGAAUCCAAAAUUCACCAAGGAAUUCAGAGAUUGAGGGCACUUGCUUGAAAUCGAGGUGCUCCAACUUAGUUUAAGACUUCCAGACUCUAACUUUAUAUAUCAUCUCUUUUAAAGUGUGCAUGGAUAUGUUUUGCAGGGUGGAGAGGUGAGGAGAAGUGUAUAGUCAUACACAGGGGAAAUGAGGGAACAUCCAUGUCCCUUCAUCGGACAUAUGCUAUAGAAACAUGUGCCACUUAGUCCUUGUUAGUUCAGAAUUGUUCUGAAGCAUAAAGACAUUUGGAUUGCACACUGUCCUACACCUUCACUUACACCUCCUCUUCUAGAAUUGCUUUGCUCUAUUUUUGUAUAUAUAAAUAUGUUAUGAUGAUUAUUAAUAAUGUUAAUGAUACUGCUGCAAAUGGUGCCAUAUAUAAGAUUAGGCUUCUUGGAACAUUUAUAAAUCCAAACCAAUACCUGUAACCCCUUUGUUGCUUUUAGAUUCCUCAAUUUUAAGUAAUAUUUUUGUCUUACAAGUCUGCCUGAUUGUACUUCAAACUUAUCUACCCCUAAAAGCUGUGCCCAGUUCUCUGGGUCAUGCUAGAUGGAGAUGAGUAGCAACAUACUUCUUUCUGCUUCUGCCUGAAAUUUGCUUAGAGCUCAGAUAUCUAAAAAGUCUCUGACACUAGUGCAUUGUUCUGGAGCUAAAGUUAUUCUAUGGAUGUUUGCUUAUCAGUUUAAGGGCCCAAAAUAACACAAGUCCCUCCUUGAUAGCUCCUUGAUAUCCCAACCCUGCAGUCCUUACUCAGGCAAAUUGUGCACUGCCAGAGGGGCCCUGGGCUCUGCCAUAUACCCAGAGGAGCUCUUCUCAGUGUAUUUCUAAAUGGCCUUACACUUGGUGGAAGAAACUGAAGGGUUACUCAAAUGCAGUUGCAGUCUUCAAUCUGCUGCUGAGUCAGGGCUUUCACUUGUGUCCAAGUUGGCCUGAUAUGGACUGCAUCUGAUUUAUGUAUAGAUGGGUCCUGUUGGGGUAUGCGCAUGGACGUAUGAGUGAGUGUGCAUAUGUAUCCCUUCUGUGAUUUCAUAUAUAUAUACAUAUAUAUAUACAUAUAUAUACACAUAUAUAUGUAAAUAUAUAUUCACACAUCUCUAUAUAUUUUAAUGUAUUGCACAUGUAUAUUUAAAAUAUAUACAAAAGAACUCUAAAUCCUGCAGAGUGGUUCUGUUUUCAUUAUUUUUCUACUUUGUGUCAUGCACUGUAUAAACAGGAAUAUUUAGAGGGUGUUUCUUGCUUGGCAUCUUUUUGCAAUUAAGUCAUCUGUUACCCCCUAAAUUCUACUGCUUUCCACAUAUUGGUCCCUUGAUACAUUUCAUAUGGCAAUUGCCAAGAGUUUUAUUUGCCAUCUUCACUCAUCACAAUAGUCAUAAUAUACUGAACACUUAGUGCUUACAGUGUGUUAAGCACUAGUUUUAGCAUAUUACCUAAAUUAUUGCAGUCAAUCCUCACAAUAACUCUACACAUAGGCACUAUUUCAUUCACUACUUUUCAGAUGACAAACUGAAGCACAGAGGUUAAACGACUUGCCUAAGGGCAACAACCGUAAAUGGUAGAGGUAAAAUUUGAACCUAGGCUGUCUGAUUCCCAAGUCCAUGCUCCAUUGU